GAACCAGUCAUCUGGGCUUUAAAAUUCCUGCUCUGGUUGUAAAGCACUUACAUUCCAGGAAGGAGACUGCUGCGUCCUCUUACUGCUUUCGGGUGUUGGGAUGCGCCGUGCGUUCUAACGCGUUCCUCCAUGACUUCGUCAUCCGCCGCCCCGGAGAGCUGCAGCCACGUGUUGGUUGAGUUUGACUCCCUGGAUCCUUUGCUGUCGGCUCUUCGUUUGGAUUCAAGUCGCUUAAAGUGCACGUGUCUGGCUGUGUCCCGGAAAUGGCUGGCCCUCGGGAGCUCCGGGGGAGGACUAAACCUCAUACAACGAGAAGGCUGGAAGCAGAGGCUCAUCGUCACACACAAGGAAGGUGGAAUCUUUCGGGUUGCGAUUUGCCCCCAUGAUGAAGAUUAUGUUGCCGUGGCUACCAGCCAGGGAUAUGUGGUGGUCUGGGAACUGAACCAUGAGCGUCGCGGGAAGCCGGAGCGGAUUUACGUCUCGUCGGAGCACAAAGGUCGGAAGGUGACCGCCCUCUGCUGGGACACGGCGGUACUGCGUGUCUUCGUGGGAGACCACGUGGGCAAAGUGACCGCCAUCAAGUUACAUUCCUCCAAACAGGGAAAGGCAGCCGCUGCUUUCGUGAUGUUUCCGGUGCAGAUAAUCACAACCGUCGACUCUCGCGUUGUUCAGAUGGAUUAUUUCGAUGGUCGAUUGCUGAUCUCGUCUCUUGCGCGAUCGUAUUUAUGUGAUACGGAACGGGAAAAGUUCUGGAAAAUCGGCAAUAAGGAGAGAGACGGCGAAUACGGGGCUUGCUUUUUCCCUAUUGGCAGAAACCUUGUUCACCAGCCGCCGUUGAUAUACUGCGCUCGCCCCGGCUCCCGCAUGUGGGAGGUAAACUUUGAAGGAGAGGUUCAGAGCACCCAUCAGUUCAAGCAGCUGCUGUCAUCACCACCUCUGCCGGUGAUCAACGCACGGUCAGACCCUCGGUACGACGGUUCUCCGGGUCCCUCCCAGUCUCUGGCGUUCCCAAAACUUUUGUAUUUAAGUGAGCACAGCAUCCUCACGUGGACAGAAAAGGGAAUUUACAUUUUUCUUCCGCAAAGUGUCCAGGUUCUACUAUGGAGUGAGGUCAAAGAGAUCCAGGACGUCUCUGUGUAUAAGAACGAGCUCUUUUGCCUCCACCUGGACGGGAGGGUCUCCCACUUCUCCCUGUUACCUGUGGAGAGGUGCGUCGAACGACUGAUUAAGCGGAGCUGCUGGGAGACGGCUGCCAAAGUCUGCCACGUUUUCCAGAACGCCAUCACUUCCGGCAGGGCGAGGAAGGUCUUGCCGGUCGAUAGGCUGGAAUAUCUCAAAGCGCAGUUGGACCUCGUAACCCAGCGAGACGCCAUCACCCAGCUGGAGGAGCUGAUCCCGAAACUGGAGCCCACGGGCUCUGCCUGCAGCAGCCGCCGGAGCAGCAUCACCUCCCACGAGAGUUUCAACGUGUUGGACUGUGGGAUCUAUCAGGUGAUCAGCCGUAAGAACAGCCAAUCCGACGAGGACUCUGCGUCUCUGCACAGCCAAUCCCUGUCCGAGGACGAGCGGCUCCGGGAACUCUCCUUCCAGCCGGAUCCCGAGCAGAGCGCUUCCGACGGCGUGUCUCAUGUGUCCGUGCCGGCUGAGAGUGAUCGGAAUGAGACCCUGCUCCCAUUCACCAUCUCAUUGCCAUUCCGCUCCACUUCGCCCCGCGUCUCUCUCCAGGCGGUUAAGGAAAGCGUGUCCAGCUUUGUAAGGAAGACGACCGAGAAGAUCGGCACCCUGCACAUGAGCCCCGAUCUCCGAGUCCGGCAGGAGGCGAAGGAAGAAGAACGGCCCGUGGAAGCGGCUGCUCCGGAACCAUCGGAACCAGAGGAGGAAAAACAGGGAACUGAACCUGCUCCGCUGUCAGAAGAGGAAAUCCACCUUGAAGACCUGAAAGCUGCGACUGCCGAAGCCGUAUUCAAACUUCAAGAUUCUCAAGUUCUGUUCAGUCCGGAAGCCCUCAGGAACGUCUUACAGGGUUGGCUGCCGUACUUGGAGAAGACGUUUAAGACUGAAGGUCAUCUCUGUGACCAAAGACCGUGUGAUGCUCCUCCGGAGACCUGUCCACCUUCUACCGAGGCUGUUGGAGAAAGCGACCCUCUCGUACGGCCCGAUACCGAGACCGGUGAGGGAAUUCCAGAUGCCCCUCGCAGAACCGAGCAAGAAGAAAAGCCCUCUUUUUGUGUCCGGGCUCCGCGUGCCUUAGAAGAACGUUUACAGAGGGACUUGUCCCGAUUAGCCAUGUUAUGUUUGGAAUUUAAAGUGUUUCCCGGAGAGAAGGACCGUUUGGAUCCAGACUCUUCGGGGGUUAAUACCCUCGCCUGUCAGUUCAUAAAAACCUACUUCUUUCUUCUGGAUUUAAAGAGACUCAAACGAUGCAUCGUCUUCAACUAUGGUGACUGCCCUAUAGUAUGGGACACGUACAUGGAAGGGUUAAAAGAACUGGUCGGUCCGAGUCCGCUGGAUUUAGCGCUGGAAAAGGAAGAUUUGAUGAGUUCCGUUCGGAUGUUAAGCGACUUGGAGCCUUGGGAUAGCCCCUUCCUACUAGCUCAUGCCUCCAGGAUUUAUGGAAGGUUUGGGGAACGCGCGGUGAGAUUGUAUACCAAGUUCUUCCCGUCCAUCCAACCCGUGGACGUCGCGAGGCUCUGCAGGGCCCAACCGGGGCACUUUUUGGCUUAUCUGGACAACCUCAUCAAAUCGAAACCAGAGGAACAAAGAUCGUCUUUACUGCAGUCUCUUGCGCAACCUGAGUCUCUAAAACUGGAUUGGCUGUUGCUGGCUCUUACCCACGAUGCACCGCAGGCCAAAAACCUGGCGGAUCCUGCAGGAAAUCCCCGGUCCCGCGCUCACCUCUGCACCUGGGGCUUCGCGCAGCUACUAACGCUUUUAAUUAAGCUCCCGGCAGACUCUUCCACCAAAGAGAAGAUGAUCUCUGCCUGUAAAACCUUCGGAUUUUGGCCGGGAUAUUUAACUCUUUGCUUGGAGCUGGACAGAAGAGUGGAGGCUCUGACCAAUAUCGUGUACCUGGAUGAUAUGAAUCUGAUUGACGGGGACCGCGGUGUCGCGCCGGAGACCGUCGAUGAAUGGAGGCUCGUUCUUCAUCUUGCAAAAAGUUCCAACCUGGAUCAUCGGCAUCACGGCGCGCAGAAUGGGGAUACCCUGAGUAACGGGCAUUCUGAUUGGCCUAACUGCAUCACCGUGGAAAACCUGGCGCUGACGUUGGCGAAGGUGAUCGGCCCGGACCGUGCCUGGCCGUACCUGCAAGACUGGGGCCUAACCGAGGACUUCUCCGAUCGAUACUCCAAGGUCUGCGAGGUGAUGAAAGUAGCUGAAAAGAGGCAAAGGGCUUUGAUCCAGUCUAUGUUGGAAAGAUGUGAGCGGUUCCUGUGGUCCCAGCAGGCCUGACGACUUUGGGCACGAGG